ACAAUGAUAAAUGCAUUAUCUACGAACAUUUUAAGUACCAUUAUCCGAAAACAGGAGAUAACAAUAUAUUCCUUUUUGGUUGUUUCAAUUCAGUUUACUAACAAUCUCUGAUAAUGAUAAUAAAAACCAAGUUUAUUUUUAUCCUUAUAUUGGGUCUAACGUAUGCUCGUACAGGAUUUGGGCCUGGCGAACAAGAAUGGGGUUUUGUUGAAGUAAGAGACAACGCACACAUUUUUUAUUGGCUUUAUUUGACAACCGCAGCUGUAAACAAUGUUACCGAGAAACCACUGGUGAUAUGGCUUCAGGGUGGUCCUGGAGCUUCAAGUACAGGAUACGGAAAUUUUGCUGAACUUGGCCCUUUGGAUGUGGAUUUGAAGGAGCGAAAUUUCACAUGGGUUAAAAAUUAUAAUGUCUUAUUUGUGGAUAACCCAGUUGGUACAGGUUUCAGUUAUGUUGAAAAUGAUGCUUAUGCCACAACCAACAGACAAAUUGCGAUUGAUUUUGUUGAAUUUUUAAAAGGAUUUUAUAAACAAAAUCCAAUAUUUGUUGACACUCCUCUGUAUAUCUUCUGUGAAUCAUACGGAGGAAAAAUGACAGCUGAAAUUGCUUUGAUUCUUGACCAGGCCAUUAAAGCACAGGAAAUUAAUAUUAAAUUUAAAGGUGUUGGUCUUGGAGACUCGUGGAUUUCCCCAAUUGACUCUGUACUUAGUUGGGCACCAUAUUUGUUACAACUGGGGAUUGUUGAUCAAAAUGGCUAUGACAAAAUAGUGGAGGCGGCACUUACUACUCAAAAUUCAUUAAAUGAAGGAAAAUAUUCAGAAGCAACCAUGUACUGGACCAUUACUGAAAUGAGAGUUAGUGAAGUGACUUCUGGUGUUGACUUUUAUAACGUUUUAAAGAAAAUUGAAAAUUCUUCUAAGAGAAAUAAACUAUUUCUUCCCACUGCUAUACUGCGUGAUGAAGAUGAUGCCAAAGUAAACAAAAUUAUGAAUGGGGACGUCAGAAAAGCUUUAAAUAUUUCCAGAGCUUGGGGAACUCAGAGCAGUUGGGUCUUCAGUGCUUUGCGAGAAGAUUUUAUGAAACCAGUCACAGAUGUUGUUGAAAAACUUUUAAAUGAGACGACUAUUAAUGUAGCUAUUUAUAAUGGGCAACUAGAUCUUAUUGUAGACACCCCUGGAACAGUAAAGUGGGUUGAUGAACUACGUUGGAACGGUUCUGAAAAUUGGAAAACUGUCACUCGUCAACCGUUUGUUGUGAAUGGGAUUAUAGAAGGGUUCGUAAAGGAAGCUGACAACUUGACAUUCUGGUGGGUUAAUAGAGCUGGCCACAUGGUACCCUCUGAUAAUCCUGCAGCCAUGGAAUACAUUUUAGAACAUCUUAUUCAACGUACAUCUUAACUAGAGUACUUUUUAAGAACAAAAAUAAAUAUUCAUAUUUGAUAAA